AUGCCUUUAUCAGAAAUCGCACAUAUUGAUAAAACUACCCAAGAACAUCAAAAUGUUUCUACAAUUAAUAGUGUAAAAAAUGACGCAACAGAUAAAAAUAGUAGCAAUAACAAUGAUAACAAUGAUAAUGAAGGUUAUAAUAUGUCUUUAGAAGUACUUUCUCAAUCUAAAGCAUCUUCGUCAUCAGAGAACCAAACAGAGCCAUUGGAAUCAACUCCACCUACCACGGGAAGUUUUAAUCAAUUUUCUAUAAAUCAAGAAAAAUCAAACAACGCAUCACAAAAUAACUCUCCUCAAUCUCAAUCAAAACCUAAACCAUUUACUUGUCUUGAGUGUAAUCAAACAUUUAGUCGCCAACACAAUUUAAAAUCGCAUGCAUUAACACACUCUAAAGAAAAACCGUACAGAUGUGAUGUUUGUCAACAUUUUUUCCGUAGACAGCAUGAUUUGAAAAGACACUUAAAAUUACAUACCGGUGAAAAACCUCAUCAAUGUCAACACUGUAAAAGAAAAUUUGCAAGAAUGGAUGCAUUGAACAGACAUUUACGUGCUGAAACCUUUUGUGGUGGCCCGCAGAAAAAAAUCUUUCAAGGCCAAGACUCAAAGACAAAGAUAGAAUUGUCUGUUCAACAGCCACUUCAACAAGCUACGCCACAACAAAUCUCACAGCCACAGCUACCUUCUUCUACUUCUAUUAUUCCCGCCUCUCAACCACAACCCCAACCUGGAAAAGCCACACAACAAAUUCAAACUACUACUCCUGCGAUCAAGAACGAGAUGCAAUACUAUAGAACACAACCAGUGUUACAUUCUGAACAAUAUCAUCAUUCAUGGCCACAAAAUACUAAUAAUCAAUUACAAACAAUGUCAGGACCGCAACCACCUCCUCAAUCAUCUGGAAAACAACCUCUUAUAAUCCCAAAUGCCAUGCAUCAUCAAAUGGUUUUUGAAUCUACUAAUGGUGGCGUGCCACCACCGCCACAUUAUCCUGUUCAAUAUGCACCACCGCCACCUCCAUCUUCUCAUACAGCACCUGAUUUUAAUUCUCAAAUUCAAGAUUCACAACGUAGAAUUGUUCCUGAAGAAGCCAUUACAAAUGGUGACCACGAUCACGUUAAAAAUGUUUCCCAACGAGAAAAUUCACUUAUUGAAAGAAAUAAUUAUUUGGAAGAGAGAGUAAGGGAAUUGGAAAAUGAUAUUAUUAAUGAACGUAAAUUACGUGGUCGUAGAGAAUUUUUGGAACAAAGAGUAUCCGCACUUGAAAUUGAGAAAAAUCUUCUCAAACAAUUAUUGUUGGAACGUGCUUCUGCUCCAAAUACUGAUGUUUCACAAUACGAGAAAAAACGCAAAAUGUCUGCUACUAUUGAUGCUGAUAUUCAAAUAAAAACUCAAAAAGAUGCAUAA